UGCCAGCACGCGGUCGUCCAGUGGUGCGCUGGCCAUCUCUUCGCCGUUACAUCUAAAGCGAUAUCAGAGCAGCUUAUCCCAUUUGCCUUCUCUUCAAGUCAGAAAAUGAAUGCAAUCCUGGACAGUCUUAAGGAGGGUAACAAGUCGGUGCUGUUCACCACCCUGGCACCAGUGGGCGACGGAGAGCACAACAAGAGCUGCCGCUUUGACGAGGAGUUCAAGUACAUCCUGCUGCCUGUGUCUUACAGCAUCGUCUGUGUGCUAGGACUGCUGCUCAACUCUGUGGCCCUGUGGAUGUUCCUGUUUAGGAUGCGGCCCUGGAACAGCAGCACGGUCUACAUGUUCCACCUGGCCCUGUCCGACACACUCUACGUCCUUUCCCUGCCUACGCUCAUCUACUACUACGCCAACCGCAGCCACUGGCCCUUCGGGGUGGCGCUCUGCAAGAUCGUCCGCUUCCUUUUCUACGCCAACCUGUACUGCAGCAUCCUCUUCCUCACCUGCAUCAGCGUUCACCGCUACCUGGGCAUCUGCCACCCGAUCCGCUCGCUGGCCAAGGUGAAGCCGCGCCACGCCCACGCGGUCUGCAUUGCCGUGUGGGUGGCCGUCACCGCCUGCCUCGUGCCCAACCUGAUCUUCGUCACCACCACCCAGCGUGACAACGACACCCUAUGCCACGACACCACCCGGCCGGAGGACUUCGAGGAGUACGUGGUGUACAGCUCGGCCGUCAUGACCCUGCUGUUUGGGAUCCCUUUCCUGGUCAUCAUGGUGUGCUACUACCUGAUGGCCCGGGCUCUGUGCCGGCCCAGGCACGGGCUGGGGUCCAGCCAGCACGGGGCGUCCUCUCGGAAGAAGUCCAUCAAGCUGAUCGUGGUGGUGCUGGUGGUCUUCGCCCUGUGCUUCGUGCCCUUCCACAUCACGCGCACCCUCUACUACACCUACCGGGUGCUGGACGCCGACUGCGUGGUGCUCAACAUCGUCAACUUCGCCUACAAGAUCACCCGCCCCCUGGCCAGCGUCAACAGCUGCAUCGACCCCAUCCUCUACUUCCUGGCUGGGGACCACUACCGCUCCAAGCUGAUGCAGGCCUUCAGCAGGCGCACGCAGACCCCCUCCCGCUCCAACGCCUAUGUGGCGCCCCGCCCGCCAAACAACCACGAAAUCGCGCUCAUCUACAAGAACCCCGACCCCAAACCCUGCAGUGAGCCUGUGAGCUAGCGGACGUGAUGUCACACGGGCGUCUGCGGGGCGCCGCGAUGCCACACAGGAAAAACGAGAUGAGACUGCGCUCCCAUGGGUCUCCAGCGCCCGGACGUCCUGCAGGUUAGGGUGACACAGAGAGCAGCCCUGGUGAGUGGGAAUUCCCCCGUCACCACUGCUUUGCUGAGCAGCUCAUCUCGGGGUCAGAGAGCACAGAAGCAGGCGGAGCUACAGGGGAACAGACUGGGAAGGGUGGUCUUACACGUUCAAGCAGGUGCAAGAGCAACCAGUCUGAGAAAGGCCUUCUCCUGGAUCUCAAACCUAGGGCACGUUCGCAGAAACCAUCGAUGGUGAGGGGCAAGUUAAAGGCAGGCAGAUGGAGAGCGGUAGUCAGUCAAAACCUCUGUGAAUUCACAUCACCCAAACUAGAAUUGAUGGCCAGUCUUACCACCCCACAGCAGUUUUGUAUUAAUACCUGAAAAGAGAGGCGAUGGGUUGUCUGGAAGAAAAAAAAACAUGUAAACUCUGUGCAUCAAAGCAGCCGAGUGGAAACAUGGAAGCAUUUUCAUGUCACAGACUGGUUCUUUGGAUGCUCAUUUCAAAAUGGAUCUGUCACACCUCAGAGUAACUCCCAGUCUUCAAGGCACAAUACAGUUACACUGUUCCUCUGUUUCUCAAGCUAACAAAAGAGCCAGUGUUAUGGGACCUACUCCCUCUACACACACACACAGACACACACACACAUACACAUCUACAGCCUUGAGG